AUACACACAAAACCAGGUUCUUACAUUACUAUUCGACAAGACAUAUAUAAUGCAUUAAUCUUAACCAACAGUUUUCAGCGUAACCCAUUUGAAGUUUUAUAUCAAAUAAGCAAAACAGCCCAAUCCACAAAUACUCAAACAACUACUUCUUUAUCUAAUAUACCACCUGUUUCAACUCGUUCUAAUACACCUGACCUAUUGGACGAAGAAGAUUUCAACCUCGACUUAUUAUUUUAA